AUGCCAUCCCAAUCGUCAUCCAACCCUGCACCUUCACAUCAUCCAGCGCCUGAUCCAAGCCAGCAUGCUUGGACGGAUAAAACACCAUCAAGUCCCACCCAUUUCCUGUCGAGGGCCUCCAGACGUCUACCAGAACUGCAGCAGCAACUCCACCUGAAUCCAGAACUAACAGCGACCGAACGGACGUAUGAGCUCUCACCGACGGAGACCGAACCACUGCUGAGCCAUCUUUCCAACAAACCCUCAUCAACUCUAGCCUCUCCAACGACCCAACAAGCACAGCAACAAGACUCCCCGACCAACCACGAUCUUCUCAAAAGCUACGAUUCUCUUUCGACUGCCCCCCCUAACUCCCAUCAUUCAAUCUCACAAACAAAUCCCAGAUCAUCGCCCGCCAAAAAAUUGGGCACCUUCGACGGCGUAUUCCUCCCCACGAUCCUCAGUAUCUUCAAUGUAGUCUAUUUCAUGCGCUUUGGCUAUUGCAUCGGCCAGAUCGGGCUUCUGGCUACCACCUGCUUAUUGCUACUAGCCUAUCUGAUCGACAUUCUGACGGUCUUCUCACUCUCUGCUAUUGCUACUAAUGGCCAGGUUCGGGGUGGUGGCGCGUAUUAUCUUAUCAGUCGUACCCUAGGACCUGAAUUUGGUGGAUCAAUUGGCAUCCUCUUCUGUUUGAGUCAAGCCAUGACAGCAGCAAUGAACAUCAUUGGAUUUAUUGAGGCGAUGAUCAACAUCACUCAGCUCCAUUUGUAUCGCUCAUCCCAAGAUUCAGGAAAUGGUGACACCCUAAUUCAAAACACCUCCACCUCCGUCAUCCGCUACUUCCUCAAGACCGCAGCCCUUCUGGGCGCUACUCUGGCUUGUAUCGUUUUGGGUAAACAGAAGAUCUUUUGUAGCAUGACUCGAUCGGUCUCACUACUGCUUCUCUUCACCUUACUAUCCAUGCUCCUGUCUUUCAUCAACAAGAACCCGUUCUCCGAUCCAGCCCAACAUAUCAACUAUACCAGCUUCUCGAUCGCCACGUUCAAAAAGAAUCUUUUUCCUGAUUACGAAUUUCUCGAGAAUGGUAGUUCGACCAAGAUCCCCGCCAAGUUUUCAGACUAUCAGAGGGUUUUCGGCAUCAUCUUUCCCUCGCUGUCUGGGAUCCUGGCCGGGAGUUCGCUAUCCGGGGAGCUGGGCAAGCCCAGUAAAUCCUUACCCUCGGGCAUGAUUUCGGCAUUGAUCUCGAUCAUAAUUGUCUAUCUCGUCACCCUCGUCUGUCUCAGUUUCACCUGCGCUAGGGAAGCUUUCACGGCACCCAACCAACUCGGAUUCCUCAACUUGAUCGUCCUGCAAAUCUCGAGUUACCCCGGCUUGAUGUCCCUUGGCCUCUUACUCUGUACACUCUUCUCCAGUGUCAUGGGUAUCACUGUAUGCGGAAAAAUCCUGCAGGCUGUGUCUCGAGACGGACUCAUUCCUAUAAUGAAGCCAUUCUUUAGCCAAGGUAGUCUGAUCGGAGACGACCCCGUCUAUUCUAUCCUGCUCUGUUUCAUCGUCUGUCAAAUUGCCCUGUUCUACAACGUCAGUCAACUCGCCAUUCAUAUUACCACCAUUAGCUUGCUCGUCUUCGCUUGCAUCAACUUGGCUUGUUUCACCUUGAGGGUCGCUGGCUCACCGAACUUUCGCCCAAGUUUUAGACUGUUUUCUGAGUGGACGGCCUUGUUGGGUUUAUCACUAGCCCUGGCGUCUAUGUAUCUUGUCGGUCCGGUCUCUGCUUCAACUUCGAUUAUUGCAAUGAUUGUGCUUUUUGUGGUCAUUCACUAUUCUUCUCCAGCUAAGCAAUGGGGUGAGGUAACACAAUCGAUCAUUUAUCAUCAGGUUCGUAAGUAUCUUCUGAGGUUGGAUGAACGUAAGGAUAACGUGAAAUACUGGAGACCUCAGAUUUUGUUAUUUACAAAUGACCCAAGGCAUGAUUGGAACCAGAUCGUAUUUUGUAACUCUUUAAAAAAAGGUGGUCUCUACGUUCUUGCGCACAUCAUCAAGUCUGAGUUUUCUUCUGAAGCAAUCAAGGAAUUACAAGAGCAACAGUUGAAUUGGUUAGGGUUAGUCGACAUUUCUAACAUUAAAGCGUUUGUUGACCUUACGUUAGCGCCUGACGAGAGGGUAGGUGCACGUCAGUUGUUGUUGACGGCCGGUUUGGGAGGAAUGCGGCCUAACAUAUGCAUCCUAGGCUUUCCCACUAAUCUCAAAUGGCGAGGGAAAGGGAAGUUGGUCGAUAAAAAUCGAACCGGUUCUCCAACACCACUCAACAUGAAGCGACGCUCCGAUAGUUCUAUCACUGUUAGAGGCAUGGUAAUCGAAUCAACUGCAGAUAUUUCUAUCGAUUGUCUGGGCUCUUUACCUACAGACUCCCAGCGGAGCGAGACGCCUAUAAAGUUGACAGACUUUUGCGGAAUAGUGGAAGAUGCUCUUAGUCUGAACAAGUCCAUCGGCCUAACUUACGGCUUCCAAGGCCUGCAAUUACCGGAAUCCAUCAGCCGGCCACAGACGGGGUAUUCGAAUGAUCACUUGAGCCCCCCCGCUGAUGGCGGUUUCCAGGUCUCCAAUCCUGAUCAGGCAAAAAGAUGGAUCGAUCUUUGGCCUAUCCUACGAGAUGGUGAAUCUGGUUGGGAGACCUACACGAUGGUCUUACAGCUUGGUACGAUUCUCUCCAUGGUCCCCUCCUGGAGACAUCAUCACAAUCUCAGAGUCACUAUCUUUUGCGAGUUUGAUGAAGAGAUUGCAGAAGAGAGACGCAGGAUGGAAAAAUUGAUGAGCGACUUGCGGAUCCGAGCUACCUUGAGAGUCGUUGUUCUGGCCAAUGGGCAGAUACAAAGUUAUGAAUGUUUAGUCAAGGGUAAGACAGUUGACAUGGUGGCAUGGUCAAAAAUUGAAAGGACCUUGGCUGGUGAUCCAUGGUGGGAAACGCUAAAGUUCAUGAGAGCUCAAGAUCCGCCUCCAAGCGAAGCUUCGACUAAGACUACUACAAGUGGAAGGGCAUCUCGGUCUGAUAGUGUGUGCUCUGCGUCGUUGGAUAGGAACCUGUUGAAGAAAAACGCCCAAACAAAUAACAUUCGAAUCAAAGCCCUGCAUCCAUUGAGUCGACGGGGCUCCCAUCAAACCUCUCAAUCCGCCCAGUCAAGUGUCGCAGCGGCCGGGGACGAUGAUGAUGACGUGAUACUAGAGGAAAAUGAUGGAGAUGAUGAUACAAUCGCUCGUGAGGCUUACAAUCGGAAUAAGAAGCCGGUUGGUUUACCGGACGAACCAACAGGGGUCCAAACAAAGACAACGGCUCAUCGUAUUUCGAUUCCUAAUUAUGGUUCGACUUUUGAGCAUCAAUCACUGGAUCUACAGAGCCUCUCCCCCUCAUCUCUGCACAACGAUAUUCCAUCACCUCCUCCGCACAGACGUGGGAAUAUGUCACGAGCUGGAUCCGGCUCAUCAGCUAUAUCAUCAUCUCCCUCGACCUCAAUUUCUAUCAACGCCGAAAAUUGGGUUCGGUCGCCUGGCUCAUUCAAGAUCUCCAAUCGCAACAAACCUCCAAAGGGACUUGCAUCAGUCUUACAUCGCAAGAAACUCUUCAAAAACUCCCCUAGUGAGAUGGCGAUCGAGGAAACCGCAAGACAGACUGAGCAACAUCGAACAAAGUCUUACUGUAGUGGAAGGAUAGAAGACCUAGCCCAAAUCCCUGCCUCCUCAUCCGAAAGGGCCUCUGCAUCAUCCUCCGAGACGGGUUCUUCAUCCUCGUCUUGUCCCUCCGACAAUCUUCCGCCUACCCCAACGCCUUCGUCGUUACCCCCGGUCGUGGAGCUGGACUUCAACUCUCUGCCCAUGCAUGCUCAGUUGAUCUGUCUCAACGAGUUGAUCAGGUUCCAUUCUGAUCAUCCUAACCAAUCUUCAUCCUCUACUGCUAUCAUCUUCACCAGUCUGCCUCCGCCGGAAAACGGAACCUCGAGUAGCUUCGAAGGAUCAGCGAGGUAUUUAGAUCAACUUGAAACGUUCUUGAAUGAUCUCCCUCCUGUCUUAGCUAUCUAUGCUAAACAAUUCACCGUCACUGCUUCACUUUAA